UUUUAUUUUUUAAUCUUUAAAAAGAUGCGGUAUCCGGCUGCUGGACCUAAAAUCCCUCCUUGGACACGACUUUCUGAUGCAAUUGUUAAUAUUAAAAAUAAGAUGGAAAUUUCUUCGGGUAAAAUUAUGAUUUUUGGAACCGUGGGAGCAAUUGCUUUGGCUUUCUAUAUGAUGGCUAUUCAACCAAAGAUCAAUCACGAAUUCUAUGCAAAGAAGCAAAAACAAUUUUACGACAGUUUACCAAUUUCGCGCGAUCAAUUAGCUGCAGAUUCACAUUUGCCACCUUGGAGGGAUCCGUUUGACAGAGAAUCAAGAAAAAACAAAAUUCCUUAUGGAAAGUAG